AUGCAUCUAUGAUGAUCUCAAUAGUCAACACGUCAUUUUCAGUGCGCAUAUAAAAUGGAAUUGCUCAAAUGCGGUGCAUACAGUUAAUGAUUAGCAAUAGAUGCAGUUGCAGCUUAUUUACAUACAGGCUUGUAAAGUGCAUGUGAAGUGAUUGGAAAUAAUUUCUGAUAAACAUGGACUUAAGCAAGAUAAAUGAAAUUGCAGCUACGAGCUACACGAGUAAGCCGAAAAAGAGCCUGUACGAGCUACCGCUUAACCAAUACCAGACUGUACUUUCAAUAAGAAUCGUACAAGGACGUUUUGGACAGGUGCCGUUGGUGGAGCUACAAAAUUUUGUAGUGUUUCUACCAGGGAGAGCGACGGAAGUGAUCAUCGAAAACUUAGAAAGUUUCACUCCGGGACGUUACGCAAUUGCGUAUACAGGCAGCGUGCCCAGCUCUUUCGGGGAUAAUCAAGUUCACCAUUUUAAGCUUAAGGAUCUACACGAAUAAGUAAGAACACUUGUAUUAUAGGCUAAUAUUGUUAUUCUCAAGGUAAAGUAAUAUUGAUUUGUUUUACAUGAAAUUCAAUGGACCUUUCAGAACCAUUCAGUGAAUCAGUCAAAAAUACUGUUAAGAUUUUUAAAAAAGCUUAUGAAACUCUUACUGAAAAAAAAAAUGCUUCUGAAUCAGAUAAAAAACGCUGGAUAAAACUGAUUAAUGAAAAUUUAAUAAUUUUUCACAAAGCUCUUAAAAAUAAAUAUAUUAGUGUUAAUACACGAAAAGCUGUUCAUACUGGUGUGGUACACUUGAAAAGAUAUAAAUUUUUAUUAGAGUCCUUUCAUGUAGGUCGUGGUACAUUUAGUACGCCAAAAAGGGUUGUAUGGGAAGAUACUGAGUCAACCUUUGUUAGUCGAAUUCAUACUGGUGUUAUUAUAAAUUUAAAACAUGUUGAUAUACAUGAUUUUUUCCUUGAUGCGUUCAAUCUAUUCGAGCAUCAAAUACAAAAUAAAUUGUCCGUAAUGUCCAUGUUGAAAGUAAAUGGGACCUUUUGUGGUGAAUUUAUUAAGUCUUCGAAUGGUACAGAUAUCAAUGAUUUUAAAUAUUUCAAUACCAGAAAUGCUAUCAUUGAUCAAAGUACAAAUUUACAACAAUGGUACAAAGAUAACAUUGUUGAUAAAAUUUUGAACAAGCUAUCAGAAUUUCAAGAAAGAUUGAGUGGCUGGUCGUUAUUAAAGAUUAUCUCUUUAGAAAUUAAUAUAAAUAAAGUGGAAUUUGGUAACGUAAGUUCAUCAUACGUGAAAUUACCUACUCAAAUUGCUCGGAAAAAGGCGUGUAUCAAUAUAAAAAAUCAUAAUGAUAAUGCAUGCUUUGCCUGGUCUAUAAUAAGUGCCCUUUAUCCUGCUAAACGUCAUACUGAUAGAACCUCGUCCUAUCCUCGUUAUACGGAAGUUCUUAACUUAGAAGGGUUGGAAAUGCCCGUUCGCUUAAUAGAUAUAAGUAAGUUCGAGGAAAUGAAUAAAAUUUCUGUUAAUGUUUUUGGAGCUGAGUUGAUUGUACAGGAGAGUAAAUCUUUUUAUAACAUUGUACCAUUAAGACUCACUCAAAAAAAACUGUUAAAACAUGUCAACCUGUUAAUGAUACAGAACAAAUAUUAUCCCAAAUUAAAUGAUUUCGAACCGUUACCAUUGGAAAAUGAUGAUUUUAGCACAGAUGAUGAUGAUUUUGAAAUUACUUAUCAUUACGUGUAUAUUAAAAAUCUUGCUCGUUUAGUAAGCUAUCAAUUAAGUAAGGCUCACAGUAAGAAAUGGAUUUGUGAUAGAUGUCUUCAAUACUUCCAUACAGAGAAGCAGCUACAUGAACAUGAAAUCCACUGUCAAAAAUUGAACGAUUACAUAAUAUCAUUUCCUAAAGACACUAUCCUAAAAUUUAAGAACUUCCGAUAUGCGGAGAAAGUACCUUUUAUAAUUUACGCUGACUUUGAAUCAAUGUUACUACCAUUCAGUGAAACUAACAAAAAAUCAACAUUGUCGCAUAUGAUCAAAUAUCAAAAACAUGAAGCAUUCAGCGCCGGUUAUUAUUUCAAGUGCAGUUACGAUGAAUCAUUAUCAUUUUAUAAAUCCUAUCGCGGUAUAGAUUGUAUACAGUGGUUUUCAAAAGAAAUGGAGGAAAUGUCAAAGUUUGUUCAGUCAAAACUUCAAUUUGUUGUUCCAAUGAAUACAUACGUUGAUUUUAAAAAUGUUAGUUCGCAUUGUCAUAUAUGUAAGAAACCAUUCAAAGCUGACUCUAAAAUUGUAAGGGACCACUGUCAUCUGAGUGGUGAUUUUCGGGGAUUUGCUCAUUCUAAAUGUAAUUUAAAUUAUAAAAACUCAUUCAUAGUUCCAGUUGUGCUUCAUAAUUUGAGCGGUUAUGAUUCUCAUUUUAUAAUUAAGGACAUUGUAAAAUCUAAUCGAGUUGUUUUGCUUCCAUUAAAUAAGCAAAAAUAUAUUUCAUUCACUAUCCGAAACAAUGUAUCCGAUAUUGCGUUCCGUUUCAUAGAUUCCUUUAGAUUUUUGGCUGCAUCUUUGGAUAAACUUGUUAAUUUGUUAGAUAUCGGAGCUUUACACAUAUUAAAAAAAGAGUUUGGACACUUGAACGAUGAAAAGUUUGAGUUGCUAACAAAAAAAGGUGUAUUUCCAUACGAUUAUGUUGACUCAUGGCAAAAGUUGAAUGAAACAGAACUACCUAUACAUGAACUAUUUUACAAUAGACUAAAUGACACAAACGUUAGCAAUAACGAGUACCAACGUGCUAAAGAUGUGUGGACCAAUUUCGAAAUUCAGAACAUCGGACAAUAUAGUGAUCUUUAUUUGAAAACAGACAUUAUUUUAUUAGCAGACGUUUUUGAAAAUUUUAGACAAACUGCUCAUAGGACGCACGGUUUAGAUCCUGCAUGGUAUUAUACCCUACCAGGUUAUACAUUUGAUUGUAUGCUACGCUAUACCGGAUGUAAGAUUGAAAUUUUAAAAGAUGUUGAUAUGCUAUUAUUUGUAGAACGUGGCAUACGCGGAGGAAUCUCUCAAUGUUGUAAUAGGUAUUCAAAGGCUAAUAACAAAUAUCUACCGGAUUAUGAUAGCUCUGCACCAUCAACGUUUAUCAUUUAUUUGGAUGUUAAUGCAUUAUACGCAUUUGCUAUGACUCAGUAUCUUCCUUAUGCAGGGUUUGCUUGGGUGGAAAAUGUUGAUACGUUGAAUGUACAUGAUACUGCAGAUGAUGCAGAUAUUGGUUACAUACUCGAAGUAGACCUUGAGUAUCCAAAGUAUUUGCACGAUGAACAUAAAGAUUUUCCGCUAUGUCCAGAGCAUCGAGUACCACCAGGUUCAAAAUUAUCAAAAUUAAUGACAACUCUCUACGAUAAAACAAAUUACAUAAUUCAUUAUAGAAAUUUAAAACAAGCUUUAGCACAUGGCUUAGUUUUGAAAAAAGUACAUGUAUCUCUUCAACAAGCCCCUAUAUAUUGGAAUGACGAUUUUGGACAUUUCCAAAGUAUGCUUAUAUGACUUUCACUAUAAUUACAUGUUGAAAAAAUUCUCAUUAAAUACGUGUAAGACCCUGUAUAUGGACACAGACUCGAUGACGUAUGAGGUAAAAUGUGCAGAUUUUUAUAUAGACGUAAUCAAACAAGAUUGUUUUCAAUAUUUUGAUACCAGCGAUUAUCCAACAGAUAAUGUGUAUAACAUACCGUUGGUUAAUAAAAAGGUUCCGGGAAUUAUGAAGGAUGAAUAUAAAGGUAUACCGUUAACCGAAUUCGUUGGUCUCAGAUCAAAAAUGUACUCUAUAAAACGAUUAACAACGCCUAAGGAAAUAGAAGAUAUGCGGUUGAGUCUGCUUGAAAGUGGUUGUACUGGAGAUACUGCGGAAAUGAUCAUGUCAAAUAUAGGUGUUACUAAGAAAAUCAAAGGAGUCAAAAAAUCUGUAGUUGAUGCGAAAAUAACAUUUGAUUGUUACUUGAACUGUUUGAAAAAUUUAGAAGUGCAGUCAUUUAAUCAGAAUUUAAUCAGAUCUGAGAAUCAUAAUAUUUUUUCAAUUACGCAGUUGAAAAAAGCUCUCAGUCCAUACGAUGAUAAACGUUAUUUAAUCAAAAACAGUCAUGAUACUUUACCUUGGGGACAUUAUAGCAUAGCAUCAAACGAAGAAAUGUAACAUGUACAAUUUUAUUUUAGGUAUGAUAAGUCUUAGAGAAUUAUCACUUAAAAAAGUUGCAGAAUGUGUAAAAUCAAUCGUUACUUUUACUAAUGUGUCACCAUUACCAUGGACACUAACUGUGGAAGUUAUCAAGUGUUAUGCGAAUUUUAAAUGGACAAAAAUAUUGCUUGAAGCACACGAUAAUCCUUUAACAGAUAUUUUAAUUAUACAAGCAGUGGAGCAUACAAGGGAAAUACCUAGUGAAACCCAUAGGAAGGCACUUUUAUGUCAAGCAAAUUUUGAAGACAUAUAUAUUUUUCCAAAGUAUUGUGUUUGGGUUAACAUUUGUUACAUUCCAGAAUAUAAUUUAAGAUUAUGUUCGGGUUGCUGUAACGCAUUUAUGGUAGUAUUAGGCCACUGGAAUAAAAAAAGACCUACUGUUCUUCGAGACCAUUAUCAUAUAACAUUACAGGUUCAAGAAAUUCAUCGCUUAUACAGAUCUACAAAUAUGUACUGUCAAAAUGACUUUUUGGAACUAUUGUUUGGUUUGAAAGACGAAUAUACUUGUGUAAAUGACCUACAUAACUCGAUCAUUAUAAUAAUCAUCACCCAUAUGUUACGAGAUUUGUAGAUUCUGGUAACGAUGAUUCCGACAUUGACUUUUAAGAAUGUAUGUAAAUGUGCUUGCAUAUACUGCUAAACAUUGACUGUAUCAUAAAAUAUAUGUAACGAAAAUAAAAAUACGUUUUGCAAUAUGUCUGU